GAGAAGACUGCCGAGGAAGCUCGUAAAUGGAGUUCUGUGAAACAGAGGGACCGAGCGAGGCAGUAGCGAAGUUUCCGCCAAGCAGGAAAAACACUGUGCUGUGUGAAGCUGCGGGAGGUCGUUCUCCUCUCUUAUCUGCUUGGCAUCUGUCACUACGUGGUUCCUUCCAUGCACCUACCCAGCGACAACAAGGAGGGCAUCCAGUCCAUCGGCAGCAAUAGCACCAGUGGCAGGAUGAACUCCAAUCCAGAGCCUGAUUUCUCUGAGUUCAUGUGGAUGGCUGAGGAAGACCUGGAGGCAUUUGACAGAGAGGUACUAUGUGAAGUGUCUCAAGUGAUGAUGGAGGACCCCAGUAACCUCAGAGAUGACGAAGAGGAGUUCUUGUGCCGUAUGUUAGCUGAGGAAGAAGAAAGGGACACUGUUUACUAUCACCAGUAUUAUCAGGACAAGAUAAGAAACAAUACAACAACAGACCUGGCAUCAAGCAUGGAGAAAAUGGGUGUGAGAGAUGAUGUAGCAGCCAAGAGUAAUCUGAACCCUUAUGCUGCUGAGUUUGUUCCGGGACAAAGUGUUUCUCAACCAGCAAAAACUGCCGUUCUGGUGCAGGGAAGCACUAACGGAAAAGCCACCUCACCCUGACUGUUUGGUUCUCUCUGUAUGUCAUGGAGACAUUAGCUAUGUGUUCUGUGGCUGUAAUUAUAAAGGAAUGAUAUUCAUAGAGUGGAGUCUUAAAUUGCCAGGUUUCUACAUUUACAAAUAUAAAUUUAAUUAAAAUACAUUUAGUUUUGUUGAAACUGUUGUUGCACUAAAUGUUAAAUAGUUUACUUAGUUAACAAACUUUUAUAUUCUUUCUAGAAUAUAAAAUUGUUUUUUUUUUUAUCAAGAAAUGUGCAAGCCUGGCAAUGAAAAUUUAUUAAAAAUAAUAUAAAUGUAUAUAUUUUAGAUUUAGUUGAGACUGCUUAGUUCAGGUUAUGGAGAUGGGGGGAAAAUUUGACAAAAAAAAAUUUUAGUCCUUUAUUUGAGUCACCCAUGUGCAGUGCAUAGUUUUAGUAAGGCUGUAUAAAAGUUUGCAACCUCUAAGGCUUACCUUUUUGGUUUAGCCAGUAUUGUACAAGUCAGGAUAUAAUAAUGAAGCAGCUGGAGUAUUAUGUUUGUACUAUUUUUCUAUUUUGAUGAUGAAAAAUCUUGAAGCAGUGUCCAUACAGCAACAUGAUACUUUCCCCCUUCCUAGUGCUGUUUUUGAUCUUUGAUAUGAUUUUAAUUGCUUGUGUACUUUCAUUCAGGUAUGAUUUGACAGAUACCUUUGAACUAUUCAUGGAAAAAUUUCAGUAUAAUAAGAAAUACUUCAGUCUUUAUCACUCGUGAGUGUCGUUGAUGCCUUAAGUGAUUUGCUAUAUAGUACAAUUUUGAAAGAACACUUUUUAUAUGCAACACAUUUUAUAUAAGUAAUUGCUAUUUCACAAACAAAGGAGCAUGUACGAAAACUAAAAUUUGUCUUUUAAAACCUAGUUUAGAACUUUGAAAUCAAAUUUCAUAUAUUAUCUAUGAAGAGAAACUUUAUGUAUGCUGGCACAACUAAAUAAGAAAUAUCCACAAUUAUCACAAUCAGAUAUUUCAAUGCACAUAUGUGCAGUUUUCUUUUUUGGUUGCUUUUACUUUAUGUAUUAACUUGUUUUUUUGUGUCUCCAUAGUACUCCACUAUUUGAGAUUAGACUAAAGUUCAAAUGUUAAUAUGCAUCAGGUCAUGAGGUGACAACUUCUUUAGUGACUCGGUGUGGGAGUAGCUUGAUGUGUAGAUAGUCUUUCAUUGAAAGAAAAGUUUCACUAAAUACUUAUUUAAAAAAAAAUGUUGUUAAUGUAUCUUGAGCUAAUGGAAGAAAUUCCUUGACAUUUAUCCAUAAAGAUAAUCAUGUACAAACAUGUUUUUGUUUUAGGACAUCAUUACUUAUAGAAUUAGCUUUUUCUAAAUCCAUGUGACUAUUGAUUGUAACAAAUUGGUCUUUAAAAGGGUUUCUUGGGAUUUUGUACAUGUGUAAUAGCUAGAUAAAGAGCAUAUUUAUCAUAGAUUUAUUACACAUAUGGUAAAUUUCAAUGUAUAUUUUUCUUCCCUUUUCUUAAUUAAAUUUUGUAACGGCAUA